CUGCCUCCCUUCCUCUCUUUCUCUGCCUCCCUCCUUUGCCUCCCUCCCCUCUCUACAUCUGAGCCAGAGUGACUGUCAGAGGGAACAUAGCAGUUCAUUCACUCCUCAUCCGUAGCUCUUAGAGUAUUCUCCCUUGACAGAGAGAGAUACAUACGUAGACAAGAAGAGAGUCGAAGAGAAAGAGGCACUCUUUAAAAGGACUUUAGGAGCCACGUUAUUAUCUUCAUCACUCUUCCUCUACCUUCUUACUUUUUAACGAGACUAACAUUUCCUGUAUGCCUCUAGCAGACUUUCUGGGACUUUAAGGCAGACAGACUCCCUAUCCACCCGUUCCACUUCCAACCCACCCAGUCUGGAUUUGGGGAGUGAGUGGGCAGUAGGGGGGUGCCUCGGGGCGCCCAGCCCGUGUGUGUGGACACGACGGAGGUGGAGUGGGCGCGGGGGAACUGGAGCGCCGAGGGCGCGGCCGGGGCUCCAGAGGGCGAGGAGGCCGGGUCGGGGUCCGAAGUCGGGGCUGCAGGGUCUGGGCAUGGUGGCGGCGGCGCCAUGCUGAACAUGGUGUGGGAGACUGAGGGGCUGCAGACAGUGGGCAUCGUGGUGCUGGUGUGUGCCUCGCUCAAACUGCUGCACCUGCUGGGGCUCAUCAACUUCUCCGAGGACAGCGUGGAAGAUGAGUUGGAGCUGUCGGCCGUCCGCCAUCGCCCCGAGGGUCUGGAGCAACUGGAGGCUUUGACGCGCUUCAACCGCAAGGAGCUGCAGAUCCUCUACCGAGGCUUCAAGAACGAGUGCCCUAGUGGUGUGGUCAACGAAGACACCUUCAAAGACAUCUACUCCCAGUUCUUUCCACAGGGAGACGCUUCGACAUAUGCACAUUUUCUGUUCAACGCGUUUGACACGGAUAAAGAUGGAUCUGUGAGUUUUGAGGACUUUGUCAUGGGCCUCUCUAUCCUGCUCCGAGGCUCAGUCCAGGAGAAGCUCAACUGGGCCUUUAAUCUGUAUGAUAUUAAUAAGGAUGGCUAUAUUACUAAGGAGGAAAUGCUUGACAUCAUGAAGGCCAUCUAUGACAUGAUGGGGAAAUGCACAUAUCCCCUACUCAAAGACGAUACGCCUCGGCAACACGUGGAGAUAUUUUUUCAGAAGAUGGAUAAAAACAAGGAUGGAGUUGUAACCAUAGAUGAGUUUAUUGACUGCUGCCAAAAUGAUGAGAACAUCAUGAGAUCGAUGCAGCUCUUUGAUAACGUCAUUUAACUUGUGGCUGACGUGGAGAGCUCUGGACCGGACUAUCGACAGACGCUAUUCUAUCAACUGUACGCUGUUCAGACAAACAUAAGGAAGUAAUGUCUCACGGCAAAUACAGUAUAGAUGUAACGGUAUGAAACAUUCUGGAAUAACUGCAAAAAAAGCAUUGAUGUUUUCCAAUCUUACCUUUUUCAAUUUGAGUUUUGUGGUUUGAUUGAGUAAAUUGAACUCUUCAAACCUGCGCAGUCAGUAUUUAUCUGCAGUACAGGAAACCCAGCUGUGUUAGACUUUGCCACUGCCUUUGAACAGAUGGACAACAACGAGUUUGAAAGGUGAGCGGUUUUCCACCCACCAUGGUCCAUCCUUUGCUCUCCCAGGACCCAGAUAAAAUAUAGACUAAACAUUGUACCAUUUCAAAAAAUAUAUAUGUAUAUACUAUCUGAGGACUGUUCAACUUUGUUCAUGUUUACUUGCCAACUAGAAUGAGACAAUGCACUCCACAUUGCAUUUGAUGAGUCUGGACAGUAUCCUUAGAAGCACACAGGUUGGUGUUACUUACCUUGGGUCUACGCAUAGGAGAAAUGACCGUCUUGUCACAAGAUUAUGCUGCUUCUAAAUGUAUUUUGUGACCCUACAUGUGUGUAUUUACCUGUUUUGAGAUGUUUCCUGUCGACAUGUUUCCAUUCAUGUUUCGAAUCACUAUUUUGUGGUAUGUUUGAUUUUAUUUAUAUAAUAUGGUAGUCAGUGUACAAAGGGAUAGUCAGAUGUUCAAUAUUAAGCAGAAGCUAAUUCUUGGGUUGAAUUUACGGUCUUCUUGGGUAUGUAAUGUAUAUUGAUCACUGUCUUAUAAAGAGGAUCACUGGGAUGAAGUUAUACAAGUAAAUCUGAUCUCUUGUCACCUUUAGUUUUGUAAAUAUAUAUCCCUGUCCAGAAACAACCCCUAGCCCCAACUUUCUAGGCGAUUGCAGAGAUAUGGGAGGAUUGGACAGGUGUAAUCAAUAUGGCGAUAAUUCCACUCGGCCUGUCAGAAGGCAAGGUGGAGUUAUAACCUACUUCACUUUGUAUCUAUCCAUACCUUUCAAGCCUUGUUUACACUGCAGGCCUUCACACUGCUCAAAUCAGUUUUGUUUUUAAAAUCCAUUUUGGAACAUUGACUGUCUAAACAGUAGGUUACAAGUGACCAAAUCGGAUUUGUGUGUUCAGACAGCAGUCAUUUGCUGGUUGUCAUAGUAAUGACGGGUGUGUGCACAGUGGUGUAGGCUGAUUGGUGGUGGUGCUCGUGCUUCUCUGAAGUUAAGGGGACAACAAUGUCUGCCAUGGAAGUUUCCCAGUUGCUUUGAAUGUUCAAACACUUUUAAGGAUAAGAUGAUCCAAGGAUAAGAUUAUCCAACUUUCAAAACAAGUGGUAGCUGUUUAGCUUUCACUAAUGUGUUUAAACAAACUAGUUACCUACAUGUUCUUGUUAAACUGGCAACAAGCUAGCAAGCAACAAUAUAUGCCAACUAAGUCUAAAAACCACACGAGGGAAAUCAGAUUUGACCAUUCAACCCAAUUAGAAUGGCCAGGCAUCAAACCACCUACAAGUUAAUUGAGGGUCUAGAUUUUGUUGCUGGAUAGAGGUUGCUUCUGGAUGAGGUCUGGGUUUUCUUUCCUCUUGUUAGGGGCAUGUGUCCAGGUUCUUUGCAUAAUGAAGACUGAUUGGCCGUGGCUGUCUCUGAUUAGAGCCCCAAAUGUGGGCAGGCACAGAGCAUGCUGGGCAGCAGAUGGGGCCUCACCCUCCCCAAUCUCACUCACAGGUGGUUCCAAAAACCCUACUAUUUAGUCCUCCUAUCUAAAAGGUUGGUACGAGCAAGGUAGUAUCUGCACAAUUCAUUUUUCUUGCCUUAAUUGGCAAUUCCUUAUGUAUCCAUUGGAAUAUGUUCUGAUGUCCAUAUGAUUAAGCAAAGUCUAGGACAAUAACUUGUUUGUGUACCUAACUUGAUCUUAUUUGACCAAUGAUUUUGUUCAGCUGGCUAAUUAUCUCCUAAACAUAUGGGUCAAGUUAAGCAGGGCACAGAAAAGCCUGCAAUGAAAAACAAGUUAUAUUUGGACAAGUUCAGGUAUAGCUUCUACAAAUCCAAGAGUGGAAGACUCCUUCCUCUCUCUCUCUCGUCUCUAACAUGAAGGCUCACUUAUUGUGAACAGUCCAAUCACAAGUCAGAAUGUUGAAUAAACUUAAUUUGAACGUACUUUACCUGUUGUCCGCUGAUUUUUGUCCUUUUAUGUCAUCUGAGACAAAAUAUCCACCGAGUAGCAUUAUUUACCCGACUUUCAGUACGCUGGUGUAUAUCGGUAUGUAUUUUCAAUGCUGACGCAAUUUGCAUGCAACUUGCACAAAAUGUCAACAAUGGCCGAGCUUAACCGAAGUGCAGACUGAAUGUUGUCCCAAACUAAUUUCACAAGCACUUCCAGCUGAUUGCAGGGAACAGGCUUUAGUCGACUACAUUCGGUUACAUUUGGCUAUUGUUCACAUAUUGUGCGUCACGUGAAAUGCGUCAGGAGGUGGAAAAUACAAGCGACCGAACCUACCGGCGCAGCAAAAAGUCAGGUAAACAAUACUUUCCUAUGGACAUUUGAUCGCCACUACCUUCCAGCGAAAGGACCAACAGCACGGACAACCGGUAAAGUAACUUAGUUUGUAGAGACUAUUGCAUAUUUUUAACAGCGACUUUUUUUCAGACUGAUUAUCCAUGGCGUAACCAUGAUAAGUCUGAUAUUUAGGCAAGUUCAGGUACCACCUGUCAUCUCGAAACAUUUUCUCCUUACUGAAUAUGUCACUGGGAAAACAAGUUCCCUAAUGAUAAAGUGGCUUAUGCCAUUCUGUUAUUCAACCUUACAUCCUAAUGUAUUUAAAUCGAUCAUUAUAGCAUGAGGGUAGUAAUUGGGUUCUAUGAUUUCUGAUUUUAUGCACUCAAACUCUGAUCUUGGAGAAUUUGACUGCAUCAGAAAAAAGCCUGUUAAAAUGAAUCAACUAUAAUUUCUCAUGUUUUUUUUAACACUUCUGUACUGAAUGUUAAUUUGCUUGUGCCUACCAAAUGAUACCUUCAACUUUAGCACUAUGACAGACACUUUGGGAUGGAUAUAAAUGUACAGAAUGGGUAUCUGGAGGAAAGGUGGGAGGGUCAUGCUUUUUCAAUUUCAAUCAAGGGGAGGGUUUAGUAUUUUAUUUAGUGGGGUGGGUCAUGUAAUUUGUAAUUGAUGAAAUGUCUAUAUUUCUCAGUAUUUUAGAAUGAGUUGCUAAUUAGGCUAUAGAUUGAUGUGUGCCGGUUGCAGCCCCUCACCUCUGAUUCUCCGCUGGGCGCGCAAUAUCAAGUGUGCCUAUAGGGUAUUUAGUGUGGUCUCAAUCAAAUGAUCCAUAGCCUUUUGUCUAUGAAGUGCAUGUUCGGAGAAGCACAGAAAAAAAGUUAUAUUUCAAAGAUAGCUGCUGGGAUGGUGUAAAUAAUACUAGGCUGCAUUACACACUGCAAUGGAUAUUCCAACAAUGAGCCCCGGCCUGCUCUGAUCUUGCUGAUCAAAAAACUAUUGUGUGCUGCUUAACCAGUUGCUGUAUACUGCAUACAGUGCCUUCAGAAAAUAUUCAGAUCCCUUGACUUUUUUCCACAUUUUAUGUUACAGCCUUAUUCUAAAAUGGAUUGAAUUAUUUUUCUCAUCAAAAUAAACACAAUACCCCAUAAUGAUAAAGCGAAAACAGGUUUUUAGAAAUUCUUGCAAAUGUACACCGCUCAAAAAAAUAAAGGGAACACUAAAAUAACACAUCCUAGAUCUGAAUGAAUGAAAUAUUCUUAUUAAAUACUUUUUUUCUUUACAUAGUUGAAUGUGCUGACAACAAAAUCACACAAAUUAUCAAUAAAAAUCAAAUUUAUCAACCCAUGGAGGUCUGAAUUUGGAGUCACACUCAAAAUGAAAGUGGAAAACCACACUAUAGGCUGAUCCAACUUUGCUGUAAUGUCCUUAAAACAAGUCAUAAUGAGGCUCAGUAGUGUGUGUGGCCUUCACGUGCCUGUAUGACCUCCCUACAAUGCCUGGGCAUACUCCUGAUGAGGUGGCGGAUGGUCUCCUGAGGGAUCUCCUCCCAGACCUGGACUAAAGCAUCCGCUAACUCCUGGACAGUCUGUGGUGCAACGUGGCGUUGGUGGAUGGAGCGAGACAUAAUGUCCCAGAUGUGCUCAAUUGGAUUCCGGUCUGGUGAAUGGACGGGCCAGUCCAUAGCAUCAAUGCCUUCCUCUUGCAGGAACUGCUGACACACUCCAGCCACAUGAGGUCUAGCAUUGUCUUGCAUUAUCAGGAACCCAGGGCCAACCGCACCAACAUAUGUUCUCACAAGGGGUCUGAGGAUCUCAUGUGGCAGUCAGGCUACCUCUGGGAAGCACAUGGAGGGCUGUGCGGACUCCAAAGAAAUGCCACCCCACACCAUGACUGACCCACCGCCAAACCAGUCAUGCUGGAGGAUGUUACAGGCAGCAGAACGUUCUCCACGGCGUCUCCAGACUCUGUCACGUGCUCAGUGUGAACCUGCUUUCAUCUGUGAAGAGCACAGGGCGCCAGUGGCGAAUUUGCCAAUCUUGGUGUUCUCUGGCAAAUGCCAAAUGUCCUGCACGGUGUUGGGCUGUAUGUAAGCACAACCCCCAGCUGUGGACGUCGGGCCCUCAUACCACCCUCAUGGAGUCUGUUUCUGACCGUUUGAGCAGACACAUGCACAUUUGUGGCUUGCUGGAGGUCGAUUUGCAGGGCUCUGGCAGUGCUCCUCCUUGCACAAAGGCGGAGGUAGCGGUCCUGCUGCUGGGUUGUUUCCCUCCUUACGGCCUCCUCCACAUCUCCUGAUGUACUGGCCUGUCUCCUGGUAGCAUCUCCAUGCUCUGGACACUACGCUGACAGACACAGCAAACCUUCUUGCCACAGCUCGCAUUGAUGUCCCAUCCUGGAUGAGCUGCACUACCUGAGCCACUUGUGUGGGUUGUAGACUCCGUCUCAUGCUACAACUAGAGUGAAAGCACCGCCAACAUUCAAAAGUGACCAAAACAUCAGCCAGGAAGCAUAGGAACUGAGAAGUGGUCUGUGGCUAUCACCUGCAGAACCACUCCUUUAUUGGGGGUGUCUUGCUAAUUGCCUGUAA